CUCUCUCUCUCUCUCUCUCUGUCCAUUGAUUUACUGCCGGAAGACGAAAAUAGGACUCACUUGGGAUGAACCAGUGACAUAAGGAAGCUUAUCUCAAACUAAGGCAAAGUUGGAGAGAAAAAUGGCCAGCUGUGUUUUGUUAUGUGAAGCACUCGUACUUUCUGUCGCAAUAAUUAAUUCCCUCAGCAGUGGCAUAGUAGAGGGAAGAAGCAUAACUAAAGAAGAAUAUUUGCAGAUGAAGGAACACAUGAAGUUUCUCAAUAAACCAGCAGUUAAGAGCAUUCAAACUACAUAUGGGGAUAUUUUUGAUUGUGUUGACAUAUACAAGCAACCUGCCUUAGAUCAUCCUUUACUCAGGAAUCAUACAAUCCAGAUGAGACCCAACACUUAUCCAAAAGGGAUUAAAAUUAAUGAGGCUUCUUCAUCUAAAGCUCCAAACUUAGCACUAAAAAAUGGAGGUUGUCCACUUGGAACAAUUCCUAUUCGAAGGACUCAAAUGUAUGAUAUGGUUAGAUCGACUUCACUCUCAAAGUUUGGGAAAAAGUUCAUCAAUGAUCAAUCAAUGCAUCAUUAUGCAAAGGCUGAAAUAAAAGGUCAAUAUUAUGGAGCUCGGGUAACCAUAAACCUUUGGAAUCCAAGAGUACAAGGCACAUGGAAAUCCUGGACUGAAUUCAGCCUUGUUCAGAUGUGGGUUGUCGCAGGUGCAGGAAAUCAAUUAAAUACCAUAGAAGCCGGAUGGAUGGUGUAUCGAAGAAUUUUUGGUGAUUAUCACACCAGACUAUUUAUAUACUGGACAAGCAGUCAGACAACUAUAAUCAAACAGGUUGCUACAAUUUGCUAUGCCAAAGAUUUUGUGCAAGUGAAUAAGGAUAUAGGUCUGGGUGGAACUCUUGAACCAGUAUCUGUAUAUAAUGGAACCCAGACUUCUAUAACUCUAUAUGUGUUCCAGGACAAGAAAGAUGAGAAUUGGUGGCUAGCAGUGGGAUCAGGAAUUUGGGUGGUUGCUGUUGGUUACUGGCCGAAGGAGCUCUUCAAUUUCUUAAACAUCAAAGCAGACAAGGUGGCAUGGGGAGGAGAAGUUUAUGGUGAAUCACCACUUCCUGAAAUGGGUAGUGGCCAUUUUCCUUCAGAAGGAUAUGGGAAGGCAGCUUAUAUCAAAGAAAUUCAGAUUAUAGAUCAAAGUAAAGUAGUGAGGGAUUUUGAUCUACUCCAUGAUCAAUGUGAAUAUUUUGUUGAUAAACCUGGAUGCUAUCUAGGGUAUCCAGUCACCCAAGAUCCAAUGGGAACCUUCAUCUUAUUUGGGGGGCCUGGUGGUAAUUGCUCUUGAUCAACUUUGUUAUGGUUGUCCUAUUUAUAAUAAAGGAUAUUUCUAUCA